UUAUAUCAUUAUCAUUGUCAUCGUUCGUGGCUGUUCGUCCGCGCCCGUUUCCGCCGCCUGAACGUGUGCCGUGAACGUUUCGCGUCGACGCUUGUGUGGUACCCGCGACGGUGACCCGGGGGCCAGAAAAUUCUUCCGAUCGGGGCCCGUCCCUCCCCCCCCGCCCGAAUUGCUCGAUCACGCAUCACGCGCCGGUGUCCAGAUCCGAAGGAGAGAAAACGUUCGGACAUGUGCGAAACUGCGUCAACGGGACGAGGGAUUCGCCGCGUCCCUAAGCGGCCGACACGCAGAUCCGCAUAGGGUCGAAGGGACGAUGGGAUGUGUGAUACCGCGUUAUUUAACGACGAGACGUGCACGAGAUAGUACAGUGCGAGCACGUGGGAUACCCAUCGUACACCCGUGAAUCGAUGUCGUCAUCGUCAUUAUCAGUUUCGUAAUCGCGAUUGAAUCACUGAAGAAUCAUUCAUAAAUAAAUCUACCUUUUAAAAGAGAUAGAGAGACAGAGAGACAGAGAGAGAGAGAGAGAGAGAGAGGGAGGGGGAGAGAGAAAAAGAGAUCUUAUAUAUCUCUAUAAAUAGUGUGUAAGAACCGCUGGCGAAGAAGUGGAAUUGUUAAAGAUCGUCUCGUUAUAAAGUUUAACGCGACGAUGAUCACAAUCUAAGGUAUUCGUCAUCGAUCGAGAUUUAAGAUUUAUGGAUUUACGAUGUGAGUGAUUCUUCACGACACGCCGAUCGGAAGUAAUCGAUCACGAGGGAAUAGAUCAGGAUCAAGAGGACCCGAUGACGGGGAGAAAGCGGGGAAGGCUCCGAAUCUCGACGGACGAGAAGGGCGAGGUAGAUCGGACGUGUACCAUAGGUGACGCUUAAUUAAAGCGAUUAGACUUUGGGGUUAAUUGUUCUGGAACGUCAAACCUCUCUCCUCUCUUACAUGAUUCCGCCUUGUUUGUUAAUCGUUGCGUCCCUUUAUAGAACUGAGAGGUGCCAACGAUCGAGCCAAUUCGAUAAGCACUGACUCGUCGUCGAUAUUGCUCGUCUCAAAGAAAGAUUAUCGAAUCGAAGGCCUGUCCGAAAGAAAAAAUAAAAAAAAAAAAAAAAAUAUUUGGUGCUAACCUUGCCUGUGUGUGUGUUGUGAUACUACCACUAUUACCGACUUUGACGACCGUCGAAACAAGCGUUUUGUUUUCUUGUAUCUCGGUGAAAAAACGUUACCCCCCUUUCCCCCCUCAAUUUUGGAAUCUCUCUUCUUCUGUUGGUUUUUUUUUGCAGUGUGUGAUCAGUAAAAAUUCAUCAUAUCAUCUGAUUCUUCUAUUACUUAUUUGUUUUACGCUUCGUUCUUCCCGAGUGAGAUCGAGAGAGUCAUCCGCAAGUUUCUCUCUCUCUCUUGCAGUUUUGCCGCGCCGUUGUUUUUCGAUACAAGAUGCGAAACAACUCGAUUAUUGCGCGAUCUAUGUGAUCUCGAUGAUGAUGAUUGCUCAAUUAGUUGUAAACGUGAGUAUGUAUGGUGCACCGUGAAAAAAAAUAAAAAAAAAAAAAUUCAUCCGGCUUGUCCGGCUUUCUUGUGGGCCGCGCGCCGUGAUUAGUGCGAGAUUAUUUGCCGUCUGAUAAAGAAACGUAGAGAGCAGCAGUGGUGUAGGUGAAACACCUUGACGCGCGACGAGAAGUGAAGUAGUCCUUAAACCCCUCGUGUCAGGUGCCAUCGUAAGAAAGAAACACAGCUAUUGCGAGCCGGCGAACGAGUAUAAUAAUCGUGAUGACGAGUGACUCGCAUGACGGACGUCAUUUUGCUUGCUCGGAAGUAGCCAGUUGAUACCGACGGACGGUACGCUUCCUGAUGUUCGCCGUAAUUGUACGACGGUGGACGGGGUCGAUACGGCCGUAAACCCGAUCAGCUGUAAGGAGGAUUCGAAGCCGUCGCUGCAACCCGUGUCCGGUGACAGCCUCCAGUGUCCAGUCUCCCUCCCGGUGAGUGCCCACAAGAUUUAUUUUCCCAGGCGAUAUACGGGGUGGGCGCUGUGAAAACGCAGACGAGAGCGCUUUCCGCCUUCGAGGGGAAGUGGAAAAUCCGGUGCGCGCCGGUUUUGCAAUUGCGCGAGAAAAGAGCGAGAGAGAGUACACAACGAUUGUUCGGACACGCGCGUUUUCGAGCCAGGCUAAGCGGAAGUAACUAUAUACCCAUGAGUGAGAGAUGUUGUGAUUUUGGUGGAUAAUAAUUUUCUCCGGGUUUUACGGCGACGUAAGAGGAAACGAAAAGGAAAAGUUGUUUUUUUUUUCCGACGCGAAUUGAACACUCCAAGUUUGCGUGUUGCGUCUGUAACAGGAAUGGAGUCGAUUGGACUGAGGAUGUCCUCAAAGAGGAAGUCGCCACCAACGAAGCUAUCGGAGGGCGGGGGCGGUGCGGGUACAGUGGCAGGCGCCAACGAGGAGGAGGAAGACACGACCUCGCCGGUGGCCGGUUCCGGUGGCGAGGCAGCGGUCGUUGUCGGUGAGGAGGGUGCAGCCACCCCCGUCGACAUCGAGGAGUGCUACUCCCAUCAGAGAGGCGGCGAGUGCGAGUCGUCCGGCUGUUCGUCGCCGGCGACGACCAGCGAGCCGGAUCUACGUGACUCGCCAUCGCCCUUGUUAAAUUCUCUGCGGACGGCCAAACGGCAAAGGCUGCUGUUCCUAUCGAGCCAAGAGACUCUCACGCCCUAUCAUCAUCCCCAUCAUCAUCACCAUCACCACCAUCACCACCAUCAUCACCACACGUCGUCGUCAUCGGGUGGUGUAGUGGAACCGACGAGCUCAUCGGAGUGCGGCUCGCCGCCCACCCUCCUCUCCGUCGACUCCUACUAUCCUCAUCCCCAUCACAACAACAACAAUACCGUAACGCAAAAUAACAACAACAACAAUAACAAUAAUAACAACGGCAGUGGUACCACCGCCGCGGGCAGCAAAAGGUCUAUGGACGACGUUCUCAAAAGGCUAACGUGCAAGAUGAACAGCGAGUCUCUGUCUAUUCAAGACGACACCACCAACAACAGGCGGACGUCACCGCCGCUUUCAUCCACACCAACCGGCCAUAAUGCACAUAGCGGAAGCACGACCACCGUGGCGAAUAACGCGACUCUUUCACCUCCGGAUGCCGGAAGAAUAUCAAACACGGAGGCACAGGUACAGCAGGACGGCGUGACGGCCCUUCACAGGGUCUUGUACGCCGACAGCAUCGUCGAGAAGGAGCGCCGACUGUCGGAAAUGAUUCUGCAGCUGCAACUGCUCAGGGAGCAAUUGCUGCAACAGCAGGAGCAGACGAAGUCGUAUCCCGCUCACAUGACGGUCGACUCGCAGAAGCAAAUCGAGAUGCAGCGGCUGCAAACGGAGCACUUGAAGCGGCAGCAAGAGCACAUCAUGCAGCACAACAUCCAGGAGUUGCAGGCUCAGAUGACAAAGAGCCAGCUGAGCAUGUCGGGGCCGCAGUCGUUUAUGUUCCUGCCGUUUCUCGAGCAGCUCAGAGGGUUGCCCGUACAAUCGUCCAUGCCGCCGCCACCGGCCACGUCGACCGCCACAACCGGCAACAAGCACAUCAACUCCAUCGCCAAUAUGAUCAGCAGUCAUCGGGAAGGCCCGAGCUGGGCGACCGCGCAUCUCGCGCAGAUGACCACGCAAAUGGAGAAGGAAUCGUCGUCACCGGCACCGAUCUCCUCCGCCGUAGCCCCGACGGCCCCGCCGCUUCAGGAUCUCGACGCGCCGUUGAACCUAACCAAGCCGAAGUCGACGUCCUCGGGUGCAACAGCGUCAUCCUCGUCGCCCGGUAGCGAUUCUCACUCGACCGGCGCCGGAAGUAGCGGUCAGCAGGAGCAACCGCUCGCGGCGACCGCGCCCAAGCUUUUCCCGCCAGGACUGCCGAUACCGCGGAAUUAUCUGCCGACGCUUCCUUACGCGGGCUUGCCGCCGCAUCUCAGUACCCUAUCUUCUCCGAUGGGCAAGGUAAUGUCCAAGGACGAGGCCGGUGGACCGGGCGGAUCCGCGGCGGCCGCUGCGGUCGCCGCCGUGGAAAAGCACUUUGCGAUGCACGGGCUCUACUUGCCGCCGAGCGCGGGUGCGAUGCCACCGUCGGCCCAAACUCAAAGGCCGAUCAAACAUUCGAGCUCUCGGGAAGAAACGCCACAGGAAGAGCAAGACUUUCUCUCGACGCCUCACAUGUGGCGAGAUCCGGCGUAUAAAGUAGCGGAAGACAUAACGGAAAAAGCUAAAAUGGUGAGGCAGCAGAAACGGGAGGGUGAGAACAAGCCACAUAUCAAACGACCUAUGAACGCGUUCAUGGUUUGGGCCAAAGAUGAGCGCAGGAAGAUCUUGAAAGCCUGUCCGGAUAUGCACAAUUCCAACAUAUCGAAAAUUCUCGGCGCCCGGUGGAAGGCGAUGUCGAACUCGGAGAAACAACCGUACUACGAGGAACAAUCGCGGCUGUCGAAACUGCACAUGGAGAAACAUCCGGACUAUAGGUACCGACCGCGACCGAAACGCACGUGUAUCGUGGACGGCAAGAAGAUGCGCAUCUCCGAAUACAAAUCGCUGAUGCGACAGCGGCGACAAGAGAUGCGGCAGCUGUGGUGCCGGGACGGCGGCACCGAGAUGAACUUUCUGUCGCCAGUCGGGGCCGAUCUCACCGGCACGCAGCAUCAUUCGAGUACGGGUGCUGGCCCGUCGGCGCGUCCGUCGGUCUCGCCGCCGGCGACGAUGUUGAACGGCGGCAGCGGCGGCGGUGGCACCGCCGGCCCGAGCUCGGACCAUCCGUCGUUCUAUUAUCCGCAGGACAGUCUCUCGCCCACGGACAUGAUGAACUUCUCGCCCGAGAAUUCCGGCUCGAUCGGUGGAUACGACGCGAGUCCGCGGCAUCACGACGAGGAUUGAACCGCGGCUCCGGGUCAGCCAUGCCUUUGGCCACCCGGAGCGUCAUCGUCCUCAUCGUCGUCAUC